AUGACAGUUGGUUUGAGAAGACAAUUGUCACGCACAAAACCGCAUAGAGAAGCGCUGAUGAGAUCUCUCGCUUCGCAGCUGCUACAGCAUGAGGUAAUUGUAUCGACCACUCCAAAGUUGAAAGAAGCCCAACGUCAUGCUGAGCGUAUUAUUACCAUUGCAAAAAAAGCUGUUCAGAACCCGAGCAAACAUAUUCCUGAGUUACAAAGCAGACUGUACCUUUCGGGUGAUAAUUCGAAGCUUUUGAAGAAGUUAUUAGAAGACAUUGCUCCUAGAUAUUCCACUAGGGAGCGUGGUUACACGAGACUUAUGAAAUUAGAACCAAGGUUAGGCGAUCGUGCUCCAAGCAGUGUUCUUGAAUUGGUGGAUGCUCCAGUUGUUGAUAGUGACGGUAAUCUAUUAAAGGGUAACAUGAAACUGUGGCUGAUUGUCAAGGCUAUCUUGCACGCCAACUCCAAGAAUGAAGAACUCCACCAGAUGACACUCAAAAAUCUACACAAGCUGUCCAAAGGCAUGGAUCGUGAUGCCUUUUUGCGUGAUGUGAGAGUGGUGAGGGAGUUCAUUUUGAAGAAGCAAGGUGUCGAAGUUAACCACGAGGAGACUGACCAGUUUCUGCAAUAUAUAGAUACCGUCAUAAAGGAUUAUUCUGUUCGUGAACAUGUCCCAUUGGCCCCAAAGAAAGUAGGAUACCAGUUCAUGAAGGAUAGGCCGUAUGCCAAUAAACAAUAA